AUGAAGCUCUCCCGGUUGCGCAUCGAGGCGGAGGAUGCCCAGCUCGAGACGGGCUGCGAUGGGGAGGUUAUUCGAUGCCAGCGGGAUCUCCUUCCCGUUGCCCCCCUUCCCGAUGGACCCCGCAAGUGGGGCACAUUUCACCUGCUUGGGUACUGGAUUGCUGAAGGCUUUGGCAUCAGUCAAUAUCAGACCGCGUCCACCGCAGUAGCAAGCGGCCUCUCCCCCGGUGCUACUAUUGGUGCAGUCUUCCUUGGACAUGGUCUCGUCUCCAUCGCAUGCGCACUCAACGCCUGGGUGGGCGCCACAUAUGGCAUCAAUUUUCCCGUCUUCGCGCGCGCCUCCUUUGGCAUCCGCGGCACCACCCUCGCCGUCCUCUGCAGAGCCGUCUCCGCUAUCGUCUGGUUUGGCACCCAGAGCUAUCAAGGAGGACAAUGCGUCGCGGUCAUGAUCUCUGCCAUAUGGCCCUCAUUCAAGCGCUUUCCUAACCAUCUGCCGGAGAGCGCACAUGUCACCUCAUCGCAGCUGCUGUGCUUCUUUCUAUUCUAUCUGAUGCAGCUGCCGUGCCUCUAUAUCCACAUCUCGAAACUGCGAUACCUCUUCCUUUUCAAGGUCAUGAUCAUGCCAAUAUUUGGCCUCACGCUAUUUGGCUGGGCUGUAGGUCGCGCGCACGGCUUUGGCCCCAUCUUCAGCGAGGGAACUGCUUCGGGAAGCAUACCUCCCGCAGUGAUGUUCUUCUCCGCAAUGACCUCUGCCAUAGCCGGGAAGGCGACUUUGGCGCUCAAUAUCUGCGACUUUACUCGCUACGCGAAGUCGUCACGAACGGCGGCGCUGACGAACGUGUUCGCGCUCACCGUGCCUGUUACACUUUGUGUUAUCCUCGGCGUUGUAGUCACCUCCGCCGCGCAAGUAAUUUACGGCGUCAGCACCUGGAACCCCCUCCAAGUCUGCGAACUGUGGAACAACCGACCCGCCCAAUUCUUCGCCGGCUUCUGCUGGGCCCUCUCCGUCCUCGUCACCAACAUCUCGGCGAACUCGACGGCGGUGGGGAACGAUCUGGCGAUCCUAUUCCCGAAGUACGUGAACAUACGGCGCGGGCAGUAUAUCUGCGCGGUGCUGGCGGUUGCGACGUGCCCGUGGACUAUACAGAACUCGGCGACUUCGUUUACGGCAUUUCUCGGUGGCUAUUCAAUUUUCUUGGGCCCAAUUUGUGGCAUCAUGCUCGCAGACUACUUCAUCCUUAGACGACGAUAUAUGAAUCUGACAGCUCUCUAUCGCCAGGGGCCAGCGCCGUACUGGUACUGGCACGGAUUCAACUUCCGCGCCAUCGCUGCCUUCGCCCUGGCCUUGAUACCCAACCUACCAGGCUUCGUCGAAAAAGUGAACCAUCACAACAAUAUACCCAAGGCGGCGACGUAUAUAUUUUCUUGCGUCUGGCCCGUCGGCGUGCUGGUCGGCGCCGCCUUAUACCUGAUCUUCAGCGCGAUAUGGACGCCGAGCGCGAUCCCGCGACCACCGUCGCCUGCCGAAUGGAGGGAAGAAGUCUCAAUAAUUGUUCGCGAGUUAGGUAUGGUCUUUGGUUGGCUGGGUACCGGCUUGCUCCUUUAUAGCCGCAUUCCCAUAUUCAAAACCUUUCAAUCCCAAGAGGAUUGUCUGCCGGUCUCGCUCAGCCUCGACCAUUUGGACAAACCGCUCAAGCGACAUAUCCUGGACAUUCUUGACUUUGUCAGGGUAUACUCCAAGGGGGUAGCAAGACCAGUCAUCAUACCUGCCGGUGGCGGCGGCAAUGACCGCCAUACGUUGACUUGCAAUUGGGUGGCCACGGGAUUCUCUUUGGGGAUCUUCGUGGCUGCCGCGAUUAAGGCAGCGCCGAGGCGUUGCUGCUGCUCCCUGAUGCCGUCCGGUCGCCUGCGUAAUCGCGCUGAGCGUAUACGGGCCAGCUGUUGUGCGGAAGGCUGGGUGUAUCGUGUUCGUGGCGUAUACUGCACUGCCUGGUCCGACAUCGUACAGUCGAGAGCGGGGUAAGGGGUAGACCCUUGAUUAAAGUAGUGGCGGGGCGUGUAUGGAGGAAACUGGGUGUUGAGUUCUGAGGAUCGCUUUACCUGGCUAUAUAUACGCGAGAGAAUUUCUGUGGGCGUCAGUAAUGAGGGCCUUUGC